CUUGCCCCCAGUGGACCCCCCCCUCGAGGGGUCCAACACUUUAUUGGCUUGCUUGACGCCCUGCCUCUGCCCCAGCGGCGCCCCAAAGCGGCUCACAUCGUUCUCCUCUGCUCCACUGCAUCCUCACAACAACCUUGUGAGGUAGGUGAGGCUGGGAGAGAACCAGCCAGCAAGCUUUCCUGCUUUCAGACCGGGGCUUCCUAGAUCCUACUAACAGUAACCACUACACCACACUGCCUUUCAACAGGCAGGGCCAAUUAAUGGCUCAGACACUGAAACUGGCCCACAUGUUCAGCUGAGUGAGUGAAAUUCCCUUCUGGGGCCCUUGGGGAGCUGUGAAGGGGCCCUUGGUCUGCAAUCCAGACCUGCAACGCAAACUCUUCCCUGUCCCCCCGCCAUGUAGUCCCCCCAAAGGUGACGCUGUACCCAGAGAGGCCGGUGGAGCUGGGGGAGCCCAACAUGCCGGUCUGCCUGGCGGACGAGUUCUCGCCCCCAGUGGUGAAGCUCACCUGGCUGAAGAACGGGCAGGAGGUGGAGGCCGGCAUGGAGGAGACGGACUUCUACCCCAGGACGGACAACGCCUUCCGCAAGUUCUCCUACCUGCCCUUCGUCCCGGAGGCCGAGGACAUCUACUACUGCCGGGUGGAGCACUGGGGCCUGGCCCAGCCCCUCACCAAGGAGUGGAAUGCCAACAUGGCUGAGCCCCUCCCAGAGACCGGGGAGAACGUGGUGUGUGGCCUGGGCCUGGCUGGGGGCAUCGUGGGCAUCAUCGUGGGCACCGUCCUCAUCCUCAAGAGCCGGCAGAUGGGUGAGGCCAACUUACGCCGGAGGCCGAUGUGAGUCCUGCCUGUGGCUGCCAGGGACCUUGGACCAGAAGGCCCAAAGAUGGGGGGGGGGAGGGUCUCCUUGCGGCUCCGGUGCGGCAGAAGCACGACAGGGAUGUGGACAGGAAGACCGUGAAAGAUCUCUGUAUCAUGGCUGCAAGCGGGGAUUGCAAAUCCUUGCCUUAAGUGUGGGGGGUCUGGCUGCAUCACAUGCUCCAUAGGGGCAUGUCCUGGCCACGCGCAUUCUCGUGCCACCUUCUUCCCUUCCAGGUAAUCGUGCCACUCCCUUCCUGUUGAGAUCUGCACCUGCUUCUCUCCCGACCCGCAUCCGUUGCUGCUCCUUCCUUGGCAAAGCCCCCUCCUCCUGGAUCAGCUCAGCUCAGAGAACCUGAGUGAGGGGGGCAAUUUCCUGAUCCUCCACACCCUUCAAUGAGGCCCCUCCCACCAAUAUGGUGCCCACACUGAAAUGGCCCUGCAGGGGCUUAGCUAGGCAGUGAGCCAGAAAGGGGCCAGAGUGCCCUCUCAGCAGUGCCCCCCAAGGACCACUAGCUCCUGCCCCCAAUGGGCCCACCAGUUUGCUUUCCAUUUCUGCCAUGAUCAGGUGGGACACGGUUCUUUCAAGCGUGCCUUAAUGGCCCUCAUAAGGUCUGUUCCUGUGGCCCUUCCCAAGAGAGGGGGGCCUCCAUCCCCUGGUCACUGCU